UAGAGGCUACAAGCAACCGCCCAUCGCCCCUUUGCUUAUGUGGCCCCGGGGACUGCAAUCCCCAGUAUCUGUGCCCUUCAUAAACCAUCUUCCUCCCUUGAGGACCCCGUAAUAAACCUAUCCAGAGCUACGGGGCAGAGAAAGAGAAAACACAGGCCCUUCCCUGCUUUUGCUCGGUCAGCUGACCGUCGUCAUGUGAGAAACCAGAGCCAAGAAGACUCGAGCAGAGGAGAGCAGCCUCUAUGGCUUCACCGAUCGGCUUGUCACUUAUUCUUUGGCUGCUGCAUCCGUGGCCCCUUCCCCAGCGGGCUGACGCCGCUCAUUAUGAGCCUACUUGGGAGUCACUGGAUUCCAGGCCGCUUCCCACGUGGUUUGACGAAGUCAAGUUUGGGAUUUUUAUCCACUGGGGUUUGUUCUCUGUGCCAAGCUUCGGCAGCGAAUGGUUUUGGUGGUAUUGGCAGAAAGAAAAGAGAGAACCUUACCUAAAAUUUAUGGAGAAAAACUACCCUCCUGGAUUUUCUUAUGAAGAUUUUGGGCCCUUGUUUACAGCAGAGUUUUUUGAUGCUGACCAGUGGGCAGACAUUUUGAAAUCUUCAGGUGCCAAAUAUGUAGUCUUGACUUCGAAACACCAUGAAGGUAAUCUGAAUAUACUUCAUUCAGAAUUCAGUAGUUUCAUUUCUUCAUUUCAGCAGAAGCAAAGUCUGGGUUUCACACUAUGGGGAUCUAAAUAUUCGUGGUCUUGGAAUGCUGUUGAUGUUGGACCAAAACGGGAUAUUGUGGCUGAGUUGGCUUCAUCCAUUAGAAACAGGACCAGGUUACACUUUGGGCUGUACCACUCACUAUUUGAAUGGUUCAAUCCUCUCUUUCUCAGUGAUGCCUCCAGAGCAUUCAAAACUAAAGAAUUUCCAACUGCUAAGUCACUCCCAGAGCUCUAUGAGAUUGUAACUUCAUACCAGCCAGAGGUUCUGUGGUCAGAUGGAGAUGGGAAUGCCCCAGAAACUUAUUGGAAUAGCACUGGAUUCCUAGCUUGGCUUUAUAAUGAGAGCCCAGUUCGGGAUACAGUUGUAACAAAUGAUCGCUGGGGAGCUGGCACUAUCUGUAAACAUGGAGGAUAUUACACUUGUUCAGAUCGCUACAAUCCAGGACAUCUGUUGCCUCAUAAGUGGGAAAACUGCAUGACAAUUGACAAAUAUUCAUGGGGGUUCAGGAGGAAUGCAGAGCUGAGCGAUUAUCUCACAAUUGAAGAGCUUGUAAAGCAACUUGUAGAAACUGUGUCCUGUGGAGGAAACCUCUUGAUGAACAUUGGACCUACCCAUGAUGGUUACAUUCCUGUUAUUUUUCAAGAGCGCCUGACACAAAUGGGGAAAUGGCUGUCAGUGAAUGGGGAAGCCAUUUUCAGUACUAUACCUUGGAGAGCACAGAAUGACAGUGUUACACCAGGAGUAUGGUACACUUUCAAACCAAAAGAAAAUAUCCUGUAUGCCAUUUUCCUUAACUGGCCAUCUUCUGAAUUUCUUGUACUUGGAGAGCCAAAAGGUAUUGCUGAGAUGACAGAGGUAAAAAUGGUUGGAUAUGAAGAACCACUGAAAUGGACCUCAGGAGAAAAGGGAAUGAUAGUGGCUCUACCUCAAUUACCCUUUAGUAAAUUGCCCUGUGAAUGGGGUUGGACACUACAGCUGACCGGUGCAAAUUAGUAGCAAACAUCCCUUACUUUUUGGACUUUGGUCAUAGCACUUUGUUCAAUAAUCAGAUGGAGUUAUUUUUGAAGGGAAUGUGGGUAUGCACACACACUGAUCCUGUUCAUUUAGUUUUUCUAGUGCCAUGUCAAAUAAGGCCCUAUCAACAGGAGGUCAUGUCAGAAAAAAGGAGAGUGUAUACAAUUUGAAGCUACGGUAUUUCAGAAAUUCAUAAAAGGUGCUAAAUUAAAACUACUAGGCUAAAGUCAUAGAGUUUGAGAGAAUCCUAGCCAGAGACAAUCUGAAGUACAGCCCUCCACCUAAUCUUUUAAGCCUUUCUCUUAGCAUACUGAAUCUGAACAGCAACAUUUUAAAGCAAGCUUUCAUCCAGCUAGAGUAAACCACAAUUGUUACUGUUCCAAGUAAAGAGACAUUAAUUCUGACUAGUCAGUUGUUUAACUGAGACUGAUGGAUAAAUUAGAUGUAACAGUGUCCAAAGGCACGACAGGGGCAUGCUGCUGCAAUUUUAAAGAGAUUUAAAAAUACCACAAGGGUUUAAUCCUGAUCAGGUCUGCAGCAUGUGGGCUAAGGUGCUCUUAUUCCCUCCACACAGCCAUUGGGCAGUGGUGGGAACACACAGAGAAGACCACUUCUGCAUGCUAUGCUGCAGGCCCUACCAUUUUUACAUUUCUUUAAAAUCUUGACUGACAGUGAAUGGUCUACAGCUAAUGUUAAUGGGCAGUUAACUAUUAGGGUGCUCUCCCAGGGGGAUGUUUAUUGAUUUUUAAAUACCCUGAUAAUCCUAUUUAAAUGUUAGUGGUACAGUUAUAUCUACCUGGAACACUUUUCCACAAUUGGUUUAUCUAUAAUCAGCUACAGGAAAGUUUUGAAAUAAGUCACUGUGGUAUCCAGGUUGGGUUACAUUUUGCUUUCCAUUCAAACUUCUACAGCUGUGUGUUGAUGACAUAAUAGAAAAAAGUCUUAGGUGAAGAACAGGCAUAGGACUGGAAACACACACAACCCCCAUCCCCCAAUUAUAUUAUUAACCAGUCUGGCAUAGAACUAUUUUUUUAAACUGAGCUGUAAUAAAUUCUUCUAAUUCUUCUAAACAUAGCAGGCACAAGAUUAGGAGGUUAUGAUUUCUUUCACUGUGGGAUAAUAAUUAUUUAACAGCAACAAGAAGACUAAAAUGCAUUGACUGUUUCAUGUUAAUGUAUUGAAUAGAUUUAAAAAACCUUUUAAAACCAAAUGAAAAGCCAGUUACUUUCCCCUUAUCAAAACUGUAUGAAUAACAUUGACAUAUAGACAUUCUCCUGUAUUUUGACAAUUACUGUACACGAUGGUAGUUAAAAUAUUUUACUGUGAUAACUGGUAUUUUGUAGGGCUUCCAUUAAUACAAAUUAAAAAUAUUUACAAAUGAAUGUAUACAGCAAUAGCUGUUUACCAGCAGUGUAAACAGUAUUCUAUUCCCAAGUCUGAAACGUCUGAGCAAGAACUUAAAGAUUAGUUUGUUCUUGUACCUGACCUCCAAGCUAGAGAACUUAAAGCGCAGAAACCGAAGUGCCCUUGCUGUUUUUGCAUUCUUAGACUGAGCAGAGAGGCCAAUGGAACUAAAGUCAUCUUCUUGUAGCCCUUCUAAGCAGAGAUCAUUGUGGAGAAAGAGACAAAGGAAAGUGUGGCCUUGUUUAACAGCUGCUGGGUGCCGAGAGAUGCUCCACCUAGACGCCAUCUAAUGCAUUCAUCUACAAUUGAGAGGACUGAAGCAGAGUAUACAUACAGGUUGCUGCAUACUUAUCCCCUUCAGUCUUGUUCUUUCCCUUCCCUACUAUUUAACUGCAGUCUCUGCCUCAGCAAAUCCAUGAGUAUAAAACUGUUUCCCCAAGCUAAAUGAUCUCAUUACUUUAAAUUAUUUCUAGAAAAGAAAAAAACCUUCUCCCUAUCUGAGUUUAUUAAGAAAUCAAACAGCAAGUUCUGGCUUCUAUUUUUCUUGCAGCCUGCAGAAUUUUAAGAACCGAGGUUCAUCUAUCAGGAUAUUUGAUUGCACUGAGUUUUUCUGUAAACAAAUUGUUCAUAACUAAGACUGCCUUGGUGCAAAGGCUUAUAUAGCAUGAUUUUUUCCCCUCCACUACUUCAAAUCAGGGUUUGAAAUCUGUUCCAAUAUAAAAAGGAAAAGUUGUAUUUCUCUACAUUAUCUUGUAGUCUGUGAUCCUGCACCAUUGUUACAUUCACAAGAUUUCUUAUUAAAUGAAGCGUUAAUGUGGAGUGGCCACUAAGAAUACA